GUAAUACCGAAAUAAUCAUAUGCAAUGCACUUUUUGGAAUAUAUCCACUCUUUCAUGACCAUGGAUUAUGGUAGCAUUCUAUCAUCGAGAAACGCGGAUGAUACCAAUGAAGCUGCCACUGCGGCAGCAGCGUACCCUAGUCCAAACGAUUCAGCGUCAUCGGUAUCACGUGAAGAAAGUGACAUGGAUGAUGUAAAUGCCUCCAGCAGCGAAGAUGAUGUCGGUACCGUAAGGUCAUUCCAUUCCGAUACACAGGACGCGGGGGAAGAAUAUGACGAAAUGAACAGUGGACUUUAUGAUACCAGGCAACUCACGGAAAUCAAUACUGAUUCCUACCAAAUCAAUGUGGAUAACAAGGCAGCAGCCACUGUAAUAAAGCAAGAUGGACAUAACCUGUACUAUAGUCACAUGCCCCGUAUACUUGGAACUGACUUUAGAUUCCAAAUAGGUGAAUUGGCAUAUGUGCGAUGGCAUGGGGAGUUAAAUCUAGUUGUCAUACAGUUUGCAUCACAGAAGCUGAUUACCGUGGAACCACCUUCUGACGAGGGACAGGCUGACUCCGACACCAAGCCACGUUCAAGUCAUAAGAAAUCCUCGGACACGCCCAAAUCACAACUACACUGUGACGAGGAAGCUGAAAUGGGAGGUUCAUCAAGUGACCUCGGUGAAUCCACAGCUACGGAAUCCAAGUGCUCCCCAAAACCUGCUAAACGGAAGUCUAGCACGAAAAGGCAAAGUAAAAGUAAAAAAUGUGAUUUAGAUACCAACAUGAAGAUAUUCUCGGAUCCGCAUUCAGAGGCGUUAUACAAGCAUAAUCGGUUACAGCCAGUGCCGUUCAGGGUGGAUGACCAAGUUCCACCAGAUGCACCUGCCUACGACAAUGCAACUGAUGCAGAUGAAGAUAUAUAUUCAUACUUUGUACCCAUAUAUUUUGUGUCGUUCCCAGGAUACAAGAAGAAGUGUGCUAAAAACUUUAGGUUCUGGGUAAAGGAAAAGGAUUUAAUGAAGUAUGAUGCCGUUGAACGUUGUAAUAGACCAUUGGGAGGUAGUGAUGAGUCACCUGAGUGGCUGCAGCGCAAGGUGCAAGAUAUAAAUGAAUAUGUAUAUAACAUGGCAUUUAAUAUGUACCUGGAUUCACCAGGUAUAGAGAACAUGUUUCCAGGCCUAAUUAAACAGCCGUGGUGCGUCCCCCGUGCGCUGAUAUCGCUGGUCAACGAUCACGUGGUCCAGGUAAUGACUGCAGGCACCGUGGACGUUGAUAUAUAUUCAAUAAGCGCAGUGGAGAUGUUUACAAUGUCACCCAUAAUGGAACGGCUUUCUGCAUACGGUCUCGUGCAGAAUUUUAAAUAUAUACUCUUCAAAAUGGCAACAUUGUUUAAAAAACAAGCUACAGCACCUGUUAGUAAACCCAAGCCAACGGUACGUAGAGCUACGGGGUUAAAAGAUGUACGUGUUGAUGAAGUGAAUGUACCCUCUUUAAGGUUAUUGGAGCACCUGGAAUCGGAAACACUAGCUAAGAUUACAUCACAACAGUUCCAAGAAAUAUACCUCAACAACAUAUACUGGCUAGAUAUAUUUCUGUCAUACAUGGACAAGGAGUUUAUCCACACCCAUUGCCACAACGAGCAGGAGCACGAGUUCCUGUAUAUGCUAAUUAACUCCAAGGAUUUAAGGCCAUGCAAGAUUUUGGGUAUCGAGUACCUAGCACGUAUGUUCUGCUUCCCAGUGAUGUACAGAGACUUGCUGAAGCAUCUAGAGCGAGAUGGAGAGCACUAUCCAAUAUAUCGACCUAUAACCCAGCUUUUGCUGCAGUAUAUGGCAUUCGUUGCCGCUGACUACGCACACAACCAAAAGUACAUGCCAUCACACCUAGAAGGUGGCUUGAUAAAGCUUACGCAAAUGAACGCUGUGUGAUUAAUGUUGAGUUACAUUGUUAUCAAUUUUAUACCUAGUAUGUAUGUUACGAUUCAAUUG